AUGUAUCUUUUGGUAUAUGUAGACAAUAUUGUCCUCACUGGCAACAAUUCACAGUUCAUCAGCCACUUCCUUGGUCAACUAGCCAAGACAUUUGCCAUUAAAGAUCUAGGCAAUCUUCAUUAUUUCUUGGGCAUCAAUGUUCAGAACAGUUCAACCGGACUCAUGCUCUCUCAACGGCAAUAUAUUUUGGACCUCCAAGAUCGCACUCACAUGAUUGGUUGCAAACCUAUAUCCACAUCCAUGUCACCAUCUCAGUCACUGUCACGGCUAGGAGGUACCCCGAUGGAUGACCCUACUCUUUAUCGUAGUGUGGUUGGAGGUCUUCAAUAUGCGACCUUGACAAGGCCUGAUAUAUCAUUCGCCGUCAACAAAGUGUGUCAGUUCAUGCACCGUCCUUGUACUGAACAUUGGGCAGCAGUAAAACGAAUUUUGCGAUAUUUGAAAUCAACCAUUGAUCAUGGGCUUUAUCUUCACCGCCAGCCCACGUUACAGCUUUCUGCUUACUCUGAUGCCGACUGGGCUGGUUGCCCUGAUGACAGGAAAUCCACAGGUGGCUUUGCUAUCUAUCACGGCACAAAUCUAAUUUCCUGGAGUUCUCGCAAACAAGCAACUGUGGCCCAUUCAAGCACAGAAUCAGAAUAUAGGGCUAUCGCUAAUGCUGCGGCGGAAAUCACCUGGCUUCAAUCACUCUUAAAAGAACUCGGUAUGUACAUGGCUCAAGCGCCAAUGCUGUGGUGUGACAAUGUUGGUGCCACCUACUUAACGGCUAAUCCGGUGUUUCAUGCUCGUACAAAACAUGUGGAAAUCGACUUCCACUUUGUACGUGACAAGGUUGCAAAGGGUGACCUCGACGUUAGGUUUAUAUCAACCAAGGAUCAAAUUGCAAACAUCUUUACAAAGGCUCUCGCCAGUAAACGAUACACUCAUCUUCUAUCCAAGCUCAAGGUUCAGCCCACCUUGCACUUGAGGGGGCGUGUAAACGAUAAGCCUAUAUCCAACUCAGCCUUAUCUACAACAGUCACAAGAUCAAAGUCUAGCCAGGUCGUUGCAUGUGAUAAGAAGAUAAGCAAGGAUCAAACUGUUACAUAUGAUAACAGCCCAAGCAUUACCGAAGAUACUGUGGAUAUCUCCACAGUGUUUGAGUCAUCGCCUAACUCUCCUAAUCUCCAAGAUCAUACUAAGAGAAGUUCUAGAUCGAUACAACAACCUUGUACUUAUCUUUGUAAAUCCAUAUUUCCUAACCCUCUUCAUCUAUAUAAAGAGAGGAUUAGUGAAGAAUUACAGCAGUGA